UGUCAGACUGGGCUGCUAUUCUUCACACAAAGAGACGAGUAGACGCUACCAAGCUAAAGACAAAUAAAAAAAUGGACCAAAAAAGGAUUAAGGCCAUUUCCCUUUUUAUUCUGUUUCAAAACAUUGUAUCACUGCAUGGUGAGGUCAUUACACCUGAAGAAGGAGAUAAGGUUCAAAUCAAAUGUGAAUCUCCACAAAAAGGAUUCACUGUUAUGUGGCUUCGGGUCGUGGAUAACAGCGUGGACUUCAUUGCAUCUUAUCACUCAAAUGGCAUAAGAAAGCCGGAAACUAUCUUGAACACAACGAUCUACAGUGAAUCAAAGAUGAAGACUGAAAAUAUACUUUCAAUCAAAAGAUUUAACUCACAACGAGACAGAGGUGUUUACAUCUGCGCUGUGUUGACUUCCAAUACACUCAAAUUUGGAAAAGUCACAAGACUCCAACGGGUUGUAUCAGUGACCCCAGCAGCCGCUGUGCCUGCCACCAACGCAAAGACGCCUUCCACUCCAAUGGUCUGCACUUGCAACAGCAAAACCGAGGACAGUAAGGUCUUGAGCAUCUGGGACUGUAGCCCCAUCAUUCUGGGCUCCUUGGCUUGUGGUUAUGGCUUUAUCAUCUUUCUCUUCGUCAUCACAAUUGUCUGCUGCAACAGGUUAAGGACAAGGCGUUGUCCGCAUCAUUAUAAAAGGCAAAAACAACGGCGGAAGGUUGAAGGAGGACGUGCGAUGGAAAACUGAAUACGUUUUGAAGUUCAGUUUAAGUCCAUUUUAAAUUGCUGCUCCUAUCCUCACGUGUAAUCUAAAAAUAAUUGGUUUUAAUCAAACAGGGAAUGUAGAAUUAUUCUCUUUUACUCAAAAUAUUAAAUGCUAGUUGACUAAUGACUUGGUAAACAAGAGAAAUGGUUAAACUUUGCUCGUAAACAUAUACCGUAAUAUUUCCAUCCUUAAAAUAUUAAUACUUAAUUAAUAUUUAAGAAAUCAAUGUAGUUGAUGAUUUAGAAUUUGUUAAUCAAGUAAAACCAGGGAAGAAAUUUGAAAAAUACAAUUUCAUGAACCAAUUUCCAUUUUUUGUAUUUUCUCUUUUUAUUUGUCAACUAUAGCAACGAGUAAAAAAGAAGGACCCAUUUUUCAGUCCUAAACUGAUCUCCCAUAUUAAUGCCAUUUUAAUAAUGUAACAAAUAGGCCUACUAGAGAAUCAUUUUUUUCAGCACUUUGUAAAUGUGAAAUUAUCAAUAUUUUUAUUGGAUUUCAACUUAAAUAUUGUAUCCAACCAUUUCUUAACUUAAUAUCUAAUGUCUUUUUCAAUAAACUUUUGGAUUCCCCGCUUGUAAAUAAAACGUACAAAAGCUACAACUUGUGAGA